CUGAGUGGAUCGCUGUGGAUUAAAACACCUGUCUGUGGGUUCACUCGCUCCUCAGGAAAGGAUUUUUAAUGGCAAAUUACUGUGACUGGUUGUUUACCGAAGUUUUACUACUGGUGCGCACCGAGAACAAGUGCUGAGCAGUGAUUGGAAACAUAAAAUGAGAUGCAUAUCUGGAAAGGACCAGAGCAAGCAACAUAGCAAAUGUCCAAGUAUUUAUUUUCUCUCUCAAAGUGCAAAGUGAGCUAAAUCAUUGGGUGCAGUGUGUCGGGUGAAGCAUGGCUGGAAAUAGUUUUUUACUACAUCUACUUCUCACGGCCGUCGUGGGACGGGCUGCUAAAGCACAGGACGAGACUUCUACUGAUAUGGACAUCCAAACAGCCAAUCAGACUAUCGAUCCUCUAUUGAUUUCUGUGACAUCUGAGGGGCCUCCAACUUUGACCACACCUGCAGAGGUGGAGGAGGACACUGUGCCGUCCACUGGCACCCGCUGCCGGGGUUACUACGAUGUCAUGGGCCAGUGGGACCCUCCCUUUAAUUGUAACGCAGGUAUCUUCUUGUACUGCUGCGGCACCUGUUUCUACCGGUUCUGCUGUCAGUUCCGUCAGCAGCGACUGGAUCAGACCUCCUGCUCCAACUAUGAUACUCCAAUUUGGGCCAACACUGGAAAACCUGUGGCCACCAACACCGAGGUGCAGCCGGAUCACGAGCGGGACCGGACUCAUAUGAUUGUGUAUAUCAUCUGCGGUGUGGUGGCCAUCAUGGUCCUGGUGGGAAUCUUCACUAAACUGGGUCUGGAGAAGAGUCGUGGAGGCCAGAACGACCUCAGUAACUCCAGGACUCUGCAGGAGUUGCUGAAGCAGCCAGGUGGGGAGGUGAAUCCUGUGAAUGGACCUCUGAGCAGCACCACAUCUAUAGGAGCGAACGGUAUCUCUGCCAGGAUGCUUCGCAGCCGCAGCGAACAGUACCAUCUAAACAACGCUGGCUUCUCUUUUGGUACAUCGUCCGGACUCUCUCAUCCUCAAAGCAACCUCAGUAUACCAGGCCUGGCACUGAAUAAGUACAACUCUCUGAAAGCAGUUGCCGAUACUGCGAGCAGGGGCUACUACAAAAGUUAUCCACUAAUGGAUUUCUCUCAGCAUCAUUCCCCUCCUGCACCUUUCCAACCAAUACCGAUGCACCAGAAAGACAAGUCCUACCUCCACCAAGUCAUCCCUUCCCAUGACAUCCAUUCCCCCCUUUCAAUCUCAAUCCCAACCAACCAGCUGGAGAGGACCCGCAUCCCAAAAACCAUCACUCACCCUCAGCUUUCCAGCUCAGCCUUCAAAGCUUGGGAUUCCGGACAAAGACAUGUCCACCGGCAGACUUCGCAUCCAGGCCAUUCCGCUCGCCGCCAGACCUACAGCAGCAGGAGACAGUACAGCAUAGAAACCCUCCCGGAGUUCCUCUCCCAGCCCACAGGCUAUGCGGGACAACUAGUGUAUCAGCCACAUCCCAAACUUAAGGCCUACCAGACCAACAGCAAGACGGAGGUCACGGUCUGAGGAAAUGGGACAGAAAGAAACAACACUCCUGACUGUUAACAGACUGAAUGCACAAAUUUUAAAAUGUCAGGACUAUGAAGUCAUUCCUAUAUUCAUUGUUAAAGCCCUCUUUAUAUAGUUUCUUAUGCGUCCCACUUUUCUGAGUUCAUCUCUGGCCUCUGUGUCACUGACAACGAGGUGAGUGUUCACAUCAGAACACAGGAAUGGCGCCCGAAGCCACAUUAGCUCAACGGGGACAAUGCCAUCAUCACGUCAGCCUAAAUCUAAGUCAUUAAGGGACAAGAUCCUGCCCAUCUUUAAGUAAACACAACCUCAGGACUCCUUAUAUGAAAAAAGACACAAAGCAAACUCAUUCUCCUGCCCAGAAAGAGGAAAGGAGCAACACCCAGAUGCCUGGUCUCACACUAGGAAUUAAGUAUAAGCUUUGCAGAGUGAGUUGAGGAUUUUGUGCUCAUGAAGAAAGGUUUUUUGAGCUUGAGCAAAUUUCACGGUCUUCCUCUCCGGCUUGGGCAGUCUCACUGUUAAAAAGUCACUCAUAAUUACUAAUUACUCAUUUGUUUUAGGUGAUGCUGAAAAAAAAAAUUAAAGUAAGGUAUACCCAUUUGGUUCCUGUGGGUUACAAUCACCUUUGUACAAAAGAAUGAAGUCGAUCGGACAGUGAAUAUAACACAAACUUGACAAGUCGGAUAAAAAAAAUCUUAAAGCUGAAAAUUGCAUUUUCAUUUUUCUUUUUUUUUCUUAAUAUAGAUAUUAUUUUUUGGUUUUAUUUUGCUCAUCUUCGGCUCUUUUUGUGGACAUAACUUAAAGGGAUAGUUCAUCCGGUAAGAUCUUUGUCCAUAGUAAGAAUACAAAUGAAAAAAUGUAUAUAUUUUUGAUGAAAUCAAACCUUCUGACCCUGCAUAGACAUCAACGCAACUGACACAUUUAAGGCUCAGAAAGAUAGUAUGUGACAUCUGAGGUUCAACCGUUAUUUAAUAAAGCUAUGAGAACUUUAAUCAACUUUUUUUUCUCUUUUUCCUGGAUAAGCUGUGGCUCAUUGCAAGCAGAGGAAUGCACGUGCAUGGGUCGUGGUACUCUUGUUGUUAGUUGCUGAAUAAAGUCGUUCUUUUUUGUUUUCUCUGCAUGCGAAAAAGCAUUCCUGUAGCUUCAUAAAAUUGCCAUUACAUCAAUGGACUGUUUUAAUGAUGUUCUUAUUAACUUUCUGUGCCUUGAAUGUGGUAGUUCCGUUGCGUUCUAUAUAGGGGUUACAAAUUUAAUCCAAAAUAUCUUAAUUUGUGUUCUGAAUCUGAAUGAAAGCUUAAAGGGUUUUGGAACAACUUUGGGGCGAGUAAUUUUUUCAUUUUUGCAUGAAUUUUAAUUUUUGCAUGAACUAUCACUUUAACAAGAAGCAAAGUUGGAAUAAAAUAGGGGGGGGGUUUGAGAAAGGACUCCAAAACCCUGGUCAGAUUAUGAACUACAUGGCAGAAUACUGCCCUCAAGGCUAUUGGCUCUCUCCAGGAUGAAUUUUCUGUGGAAUCAAAGAAAAUCUUCAUUAUAAUAUUAUAUUCCAAUCACUGAAAUCAUGGAGUGAAUACAUUAUAAAACAUCUAACUUCAACAGUUAUUUCUUGUUUGCUUAAAAAAAGAGUCUGAUCUUCACUAUCUCCUCUGUUGCACAAGACCGCCUGACUAAAAGGGUCCAGUCCUCACUGUAAUGCUGAGUAGCUCACUUUACAGAUUGUUGACCAAGAAGGAUUGCCUCAUGGUGUGAGGCUGAAGAAGUGAUGCCAGCAGCAGCCAGCAGAUGCCAGCAGCAGCAAUAUUCUGGACCUUUGAACUAAGAAAGAACUAAGAAUGAAAAACAUCAUUCUGGUAAAAAAAAAGCUAUGCAAUGGCGAAAAUAUCAGCUCUAGUGAAUUAACCAUCUUUGAACUCAAGAUCUCACAAGCACUAGCUCUCUUGUAGCCUUGCACUGUUUACCUUAUACUUGUGUGUCCUUCCUUUCACUUGGAUCACUGGUGAGAGUUACCAGAACUUUUACCUCAGAAACAACGUAUCCAAAUACAAAAAAAGAUCUACUUCAAUGCUACAUAGCAAGACUGAUGAGGAAAAGUCUGACACCUCUGACUAAUCCAAGCUAAUUGUGUCAGAUGAUAAUCUGCAGUAUAACCUGGAGAUUCAAUAAUUCAUAUUCUGGUAUAUGACUAAAAUCCCCGCUAGUGGGAUUGGGAACUGUAAAGCGGCACAGUGACUAGAGAGCUCUUUGAGCAAGAAAGGGAAAUCAUUGUUACUCCACACUGUUACUUGUCAAACUGUAUAAAAGUGAUAUAUCACACUCACUGUCUGAAUAUUAGCACAGUUUAUUAUUCAGAUUAACAACACUCUUGCUAGUGUGAUAUUCCUUAAAAGGUUGUAGUAUUGAAAUAUAUGUAUUUAAAAGUGCUUCCUAUACUGUACUGCUUGUGUUUUGCUUUUCUGCAACCAUCCUGUGAACAGGGCACUUCUGCUUUUUCUGUUUCGAAAUUUAUAUUAAGCAUAUUAAAUAUAUUUCUGUAAAUGUAUAUUUCUGUACAAGAAUUGUAUUAUUUAAUAAGAGAAUAUUUAGGAACUACACAGACGCUUUGUAACGUUUAAAGAUAACUGAAAUUCGAGUGUUAGUAAAAAUACUGUUAUUUGUUACGUUGGUAAUGCCUGCAGUAUUGUGUUAAAACUGUGUUAGAUUAAUUUAAUAGUCAUAUAAGGGCUUUUAACAACGACUGAAGAAACAAAACGAGAAAGGCUAUUUUGAAAGGAAAUUUACGGUUUUAUAUUCACAUUUUGAGUAAAAACGAGUAAACACUAACUAAUAAACCCUAAAAAGUCAUGCUUGAAAUUAUGAAUCAGAUUUCAAAUGUGGAUUUGUACCUCAAACAAUGUCUUUACAAAAUAAAACUUUUGA